AUGGCACACGCCUCGACUCUAUGGCAUGUGCAUUCACUUCUUUACUUUGCUUUACCGCCCCACCCCGGAGCCACAGCGAGGCGUGGACCAGAAAAUGAUUCAACGAGUGUGACGUCGAUCGUUGAGUUCUGUUUUACGACGGUGGCGGUGCUCGCCGGAUUUUGCCGCGUUGGAGACGGUGCCACAUUGCGGUUGUUGGACACUGUCAGAUCAACACCAGAGACUACCCCACCCGUCUUUUCCUCUGUCUUGCGAUGCGAUGCUGCAACAGGUCAAGGAACAGGGUGUUGUUGGUACGUCAUGAGGAGAAUGACCAAAGCACUGUGCUUGCUGUCGGGUAGGCGCAACGUGAUGUACGAGGAAGGUAUCGCUGCCUCCAGCGUCUAG